AACAGCCCAGUCCUAGAGAUAUGAAUGCAGAUUUAGGCCAGGUGCAGUGGCUCAUGCCUAUAAUCCCAAAACUUUGGGAGGCCAAGGUGGGAGGCUCACUUGAGCUCAGAAAGUUGAGGCUGCAUUGAGCCAAAAUUGUGCCACUGCACUCCAGCCUCUGUGACAGAGAAAAACCCUGUCUCUAAAAAAAUUAAUAGAAAUUUUAAAAUAAAAAAAUUAAAUUUAUAUGGCACUGAAGUUCAUUUUCUUAACCAUUAUGAAAUACCGUCUCUGGAUGUGUAUAAAAUCUUUGUGAGCACACAUAUCUUUUUUAAAUUUAACUUUCGUUUUAAAUUCAGGGGCACAUGUAAAGGUAUGUUACAUAGGUAAACUGGGGUCAUGGGGUUUGUUUUACAGAUUAUUUCAUCAACCUGGUAUUAAGCCUAGCACCCGUUAGUUCAGAGGUCCCAGUGUGUGUCGUUUCCCUCCAGGUGUCCAUAUGUUCUCAUCAUUUAGCUCCCACUUCUUUUUUUUUUUUAGACAGAGUUUUGCUCUUGUUACCCAGGCUGGAGUGCAAUGGUGCAAUCUCGGCUCACUGCAACCUCCGCCUCCUGGGUUCAGGCAAUUCUCUUGCCUCAGCCUCCUUAGUAGCUGGGAUUACAGGCACAUGCCACCAUGCCCAGCUAAUUUUUUGUAUUUUUAGUAGAAACAGGGUUUCGCCAUGUUGACCGGGAUGGUCUCAAUCUGUUGACCUCGUGAUCCACCUGCCUCGGCCUCCCAAUGUGCUGGGAUUACAGGCUUGAGCCACCGUGCCUGGCUAACUCCCACUUCUAAGUGAGAACAUGUGGUAUAUGGUUUUCCAUCACUGUGUUAGUUUGCUAAAGAGAAUGGCCUCCAGCCCCAUCAGUGUUCCUGCAAAACACAUUCUCUUUUUUAUGGCUGCAUAGUAUUCCAUGGCAUGUAUGCAGCACAUUUUAUAUACAGUCUACCACUGAUGGGCAUUUAGGUUGAUUCAGUGUCUUUGCUCUUGUGAAUAGUGCUGCAGUGAACACACGCGGAGCACAUUUCUGUGUAAGCACAGACAUCUAGACCCUUGUAUGCACAUGAGCUAAGUCUAAGCUCCACUACUAAAUUUGUGCCAAUAAAAGUUGGGAGCAAUUUCUUGACUUUUUUCAAACAAAUGCACCCAGCAGAGUAUGAAGUCUAUGUACUUUAUUUAUGAUUUCUAGUUUAUUUAACAUGUCUAAGAAACAUCAGUGUUGAAAAAUUAUUUACAAGUUAAAAUAAUAUACCCUAUCUAUUGUCUUUAUACUCAACUCCCAAUUUGAAGCAGGUGGAAAGAUGCAGAGAAUGAUUUGUUUACAUUCUGCACAGUCUUGGUCAGAAGGCUGCCUGAGCAACUGAGUCAGAGUUCAGUUCCGUUCUGGGGGUAGCAGAUAUAACUUUUCCUUGAGCACCUGCUAUGUUUCAUCCACUUUCACCUUCAUAAUCCAUUUAAUUUUCACAAAAACCUUGUGAGGUUGGAGUUUUGUCUCCAUUUCCCUGAUAAAGACAUCGAGGUUCAGCAAAGUUAAAUGACUUGCCCUCGGUCACACAGACUAGGGCAGACCAGGAUUCAAACACAGGACUCUGACUCUUGCGUCCAGAGCUCUGUCUCUGACAGCAGCACCGCCACCUCUCUCCUCUUUUCCACUGUCAGGUCCAGGCUCUAGCAAAACCCAGUGUUCCAGCCACAGCUUUUCCAGGAAAUAAAAAAGGACCCCUAGGGCCACUUCCCAGGCAAACAUGGCGGCUGUGGGAAACAUGGCUGGACCUGCAAAUGGCAUUAGUGGAUUACUAGUUGAUUUCAGUUGUCCACACUAAUGGACUUCCCUCUAACAAAAAUAAUUGAGGGCUGAUUAUGCUCAGAGAUCAUGUAAAGUGAAGCCACUUUUUAUUGGAAGAACCAUUCCCUCAAAAUGUGUUGAGUAUUUCACAUUAUUUAAAGGCAAACACAGAGAAAAUUAUAUGGAAUAAGAAGAAAGAUGUUUGUUCUCUAUUAUGAGGGACUCAGUUGUAAGAAAGAAUUUCUGAAUUGUGAGAAAUAGGUAGGUCCGCAAAUCAGUGACUCAAUGGUAUAGAGAUCUUUAUUUAUAAGAAGGCCCUUUCAAAUCUAUCUGUAAUACAGUCCUGGGUAACAUGAGACGAUAAGCUUGAAACCUGGAAUUUUUUGGCUUUAGAACAUUAAGGCUUUCUGAGCUUCGGUAGAUCUGGAUCUAGGAGCACAUGCUGGUAUAUUCUGAAUCUGAUGUAUCUGAGUUACAUCUGUGAGCUAUUUAAUAAAUAUAUCUAUGAGCUAAAUCUCAUAGGCUAAGCAUAAACCUCACCUCCAAGACUUGGGGCUCCUAAAUGGAUGAGACGCUCUUUGGGAAGUCUCGUGGGCAGUGUCUAAUUCCACUAGAAAAAAUUUACCUACAAUUUAAACUUAAACCAAGAUAUUUUCUUACCACCUUUCCCUUUCUCAUUUCAGGUGAUACUACACAGAACCCAUAUAAAGUUUCCAUCUCAGGAACCACAGUAACACUGACAUGCCCUCGGUAUGAUGGACAUGAAAUAAAAUGGCUCGUAAAUAGUCAAAACAAAGAAGGUCAUGAGGACCACCUGUUACUGGAGGACUUUUCGGAAAUGGAGCAAAGUGGUUAUUAUGCCUGCCUCUCCAAAGAGACUCCCGCAGAAGAGGCGAGCCAUUAUCUCUACCUGAAGGCAAGAGUGUGUGAGAACUGCGUGGAGGUGGAUGUGAUGGCGGUGGCCACAAUUGUCAUAGUGGACAUCUGCAUCACUCUGGGCUUGCUGCUGCUGGUUUACUACUGGAGCAAGAAUAGAAAGGCCAAGGCCAAGCCCGUGACACGAGGAGUGGGUGCUGGUGGCAGGCAAAGGGGACAAAACAAGGAGAGGCCACCACCUGUUCCCAACCCAGACUAUGAGCCCAUCCGGAAAGGCCAGCGGGACCUGUAUUCUGGCCUGAAUCAGAGAGGCAUCUGACCCUCCGGAGGACACUGCCUCCCGCUGGCCCAGGUCUGGCUCCUCUCCAGUUCCCCUUCGACUCCCCGGUUCCUGGGCUAGUCUUGGACCCAUGGGAGAAUCGUUCCUCAGCCUCAUGGUGAACUCGUGCUCUCCAGCCUCAUCCCCAGUUCCCUCCUUCCUGCCUUCUCUGCUGGUGCCCAGUCCUAAGCCCUUGCUGCUUCCCCUUCCUUUGAAGCAUCAUCAGUAGUCACACCCUUACAGCUGGCCUGCUCUCUUGCCAGAAUAUUUAUUUCUGCUAUUCACUCCCUUCCCCUUGGAUGUAAUUUCUCUGUGCAGUUCCUACCUUUCCUUGCAUGUAAAUUGUCCACCAUCCCAAACUAUUCCAUCUACUUUUGCAACCCCGUCCACUUUUGCAUCCCUCUCUGGGGAUGGACUGGGUAAAUGUUGACAGAGGCCCUGCCCCAUUCACAGAUCCUAGUCCAGAGCCAGCCCUGAGCUCCUCCCUCCCCCCUUAACCCCCACACCACCCCUCGUCUGCCCCCCACCCUCAUCCCCACUGUAGGCCACUGGAUGGUGAUUUGCAUCUCUGUAAAUGUGCUUGGCUCCUCUCAGCUGAGAGAGAAAAAAAUAAACUGUUUGUCUGAAAGA